AAGUGCCUGGUACAUGUAUGUAUAAUUGUGAGUGUGGAUAAAGCCUGUUUGAAAAGCUUGUUCAGUGGUGAUGUACUGUGGUAUCAUAUUUUUUGUUUUUCAAGUGAGUAUAUAAUUUCAGCUGAGAGAAUUUCGCCUACGUCAUUCUUGAAAUGAAUGUGGCGGCUUUUAUUCUUACUAAUUAAGAAUCCUAAGCCUAAUUGCUUGUUUGAGUGAAACUUCUUUCAUCUUUAAGAAGAUGUAGUAAGAAUUUUAUGAGGAGAAGAAGAAAAAACAACACAACGUUUUAAAGAACAUCAAAUCUACUUUAUUUCUGACCAGGAAGAAAUAUUGUUUAGUUGGAGGUUGAAAAAGAAAAUAUAUUCUCUUCCUCGAGAACGUUGGUGAAAAAAUAUAUGAAUUCCAGUGCAUGCUUAAUUUGCACAUCGCAGUGAAUUCUGGGAGCUCGGCUUCGUUAGGGAGACUUCUUGAUUACUGGGGUUUUUAGAAGAUUAACGUGAUAAGAGUGUAACGCCGUGUGAUAAAGAUAUUUUCCACGCACUUUCUUAAUCUGAGUCGUCUCCAGGGAAACGAUUUGCUACAUUACUCAGUGGUUGGUCGAGCGUGCAAAGUUCAGAAACAUUUGCCGAAUUAUAACUUAUUUUGAAGAACCGGAGCAAAGGGAAGAAAUUUCUGAGAGGAGAGGAAAAGCUAGAGUCUGAUUUUCAGUGCGUGCUCUUUGAAGCAAACUUACUAGAAAACGUUUCCUUACUUUCUGUUGCUGUUGUAAUUGUGCACUACAAGAUGAAUAGUUGUGCGGCUAUUUCGGGUCUAAUUAUGCUAGUGGUGACCAACCUGGCUGCUAUUGUGAGUUUUGCUACUCCAUAUUGGCGCGAACAGACAUCGAGCACGGAGGGGCUGUGGGCUACAUGUCACGGGACCCAAUGUCAAUGGGUGUUCGACAAUAAUAAAGACCUCGCCGAAAGUAAUGAUUACAUCAUUGCAACGCAGGGUCUGAUGUCUGUCGGUCUGACAGUAUGCCUGAUAGCCCUGCUUGUUUCCACCCUGGCACUGUGUUGUCAGUGCAACAGUUGCAACUACACGGGUUUUGUUGCUGGUCUGAUGAUUACAGCUUUCUUGAGCAUCGGGAUAGCCGUAGCAGUGUAUGGCAUCAAGUCAUCGAAAGAGAAGAAGGCGGGAAUAUCCUUUGAUAAUGGCCACGACUUUCGCUUUGGUUGGUCGUUUUGGGUGGGGGCUGGCGCAGCCAUAAUGGCAUUGCUGACGUCACUACUGUAUGGCUGUUCUUCAAAAAAAGAAGACUGACACAUUAACAGAGUCCAACGUUUCGGCUUUGUUUCAUUCCUCUAACAUAUAUUGUAAAAAAUAUUACACAUGUAUCAUAUAGAAUUAUAUGUUUUCUAUCGUUUAUUAUUAACAUGUAAAUUUUAUAAUUCAGUAUUAGUUACUGUACAUAUACAUGCUACAUGUAUUAACUAUUUUUUGUUUAUUUAAAAAUAUAAACAAUUUACUAUACAAUUCUUAUCUGAAGAAAAAUAUUGUUUAUAAUAUAUAUAUAUUCUACACUUCAUACAUGUAUGUGUAUUUUCAAGGAGUGUAAAAGUUUAAAAUUAUCGAAAUUUGAGUACCCUGAUUGUAAUAAUACUUUAAAUAACAGUUAAAGUACGUUUUAAGGAAACAAAAUGAAUGUUGUUGGAAACCUGAUCUUCCUCAAAGUUGACAAAUCAGGAAGUUGCAUGUAAGAGUUAACGACUGUGCAUGUAGCUGGUUCGCCUUCAUACCUCUGACAUGGAAUUUAACACAUCUUACGUAAACUCAAGUUUACCCAGCAACAUUUCAUUUGUCGAAGAGAUUGAGGACGAACUUGUGAAUGCUUUGAUCGGAAAUACUGUUCUGUUAGUAUUUUUCAUGAUUUGUGGAGCUUUUGGAAAUUGUAUGGUGCUUUUUGUUUAUAAAGACUACAAAUUUUCUUCCAACAAAAUAGAUGACCGUCGAUUUAUUCCGUAUUUGGCACUGGUGGAUUUUAUGGCGAGUUUAACAUCCUGUUGCCAGUAUGUGAUUGAAAAUCAAUAUCCCCUGCGAUAUCCGGGAAAGUUUUCCUGUAAGGUUUUGAAUUUUAUCAGCACGUUUCCGGCAUCCAUAUCUGGCUUGAUUUUGCUUGCAAUUGCGUUCCAUCGGUACAAGAGAGUCUGCAACCCGUUCUCGCGUUUGAAUAUAACACAAAAUCAAACUAUCGCUGCAACUGCUAUUUUGGGUUUCUUAAUUUCGAUCCCGUCGCUAUUUCUGAGUGAUACGGCUUUGUACUAUGACACAAGUAAUGAGAUUUAUGUAAAGAAAUGUCAGCGCCUCUCUCGAGGUUCGAUAAUAAUGUCAAAAGUAUACUCCUCAUUCAUAGCUGCUUUGUGUGUAGGGGGUAUUGGCUUCAUCAUUGUCACCUAUUCAAUGGUCGGUGUCAGAAUCAAGCGACAGUAUAACCAUGCACAAAAUACAGUUCGAAUGAACCCAGUGAUUGACGCAAAUGACGGGUUUUCAGAUAAUACUGCCAGUAACUUUUCCAUAUUCUCCACAAGGGAAGUAAACGACAUUGCAAAAGAACCAAAAUCGCAAUCGACUUUCUAUAUCGAAGAUGUUGCCUCCGGACAUGAACUAUCCAGCUGUGGUCCCUCUGCUUACAACACUCUAGACACGACAUUGAAGAAGAAGAAAAAGCAAGUCAAGCAGACAAAGUUCGUCCAACGCAAGCGCGCUCGAUUCUUGAGGUUCACUUGGAUGUUUGUUCUUAUGUCGGGUGUGUACUGUCUGACGCUUUUGCCUCGCGUCACAGUGCGCGUCCUAGAAAUGGUGACUAGUGACUUUUGGUUUAUUCUCGACAAGGAAUCACUUGUGGCCUUGACCUUCUUGGCUCGUAUAUAUAUCAUUAGCUUCAUUGUUAACCCUUUGAUUUAUGGAUUCUUGGAUAACAUGUUUCGCAAAAAAUGUAAAGCGCUGUUUAGGAAUUGUAUAUGUAGUCGGACUAGAAUAACUGCUGUGUAGAGUUUUUAGGGAAUAGAUCUUAUUGGAGAGAAAUAAAACAAGAAUAUUCAUUUUAAAUACAUACAUGUAAAUUCAUCAUAAAUUUAAUGAUUUAGCGUAUAGUGAUGCAUGCUCUUUAAAGUGAAUUUGAUCGAGUCCUGGUUCAAAUGUCUCAUAUGUGCGUAUGUGUUAAAAGUUUCUACUUAAGUAAAUAAAUAUUGUCUAGUACGAUUCAAAUUAAGUACCUGAAAUUUGGACCUUGUAAAAUCAUGAGAAUAAAGUGAAAAAAAUGAUCUGCUAGUUUAUCUAAAAGACAAGGUAGUGGAUUGUAUCGCAACUUUUAAUCGAUUUCAUUUUUUCCUUUUUGUUGUUAAUUUCCAAGUAUUUUUUAAGUAAUAAACACUGACAUAUU